AUGGGGCCCACUGGCGUGAAUGCGGAGUCGCAGGACGGCCUCAUAGAUGUCAAGAAAGAUAUCAACCGAUUCAGCAAGGAGCAUGACAAGGUGAUAGACUUGGUUCUGCGUCAGUUCCGGUGCCUCAUUGCCGACCUGUGCCAGCAGUUCAAUGGCGGUCACCCCGGGAGCGCCAUGGGCAUGGCGGCCAUUGGCAUUGCCCUCUGGAAAUACGCCAUGAAGUACUCUCCCCGCAACCCCGACUUCUUCAACCGCGAUCGUUUCGUACUCUCCAACGGCCACACGUGCCUCUUCCAAUACACAUUCCUGCACCUCACCGGCUACCCGGCCACGACCCUCGACCAGCUCAAGUCGUACCACUCUUCCCGCAGCGACUCACUCUGCCCCGGCCACCCGGAGAUUGAGCACCCGGGUAUCGAGGUCACGACGGGACCCCUUGGCCAGGGUCUCGCGAACGCGGUCGGUCUGGCCAUGGCGACGAAGAAUCUCGCCGCUACGUACAACCGGCCGGAGUCGGGACUUAGCCUCGUCGACAAUACGACAUGGUGCAUGAUUGGCGAUGCGUGUCUGCAGGAGGGCGUCGCUCUCGAGGCGAUCCAACUUGCUGGCCAUUGGAGGCUGAAUAACCUUGUUGUCAUCUACGAUAAUAACCAGAUUACCUGCGACGGGAGCGUCGAUCUGUGCAACACAGAGGACGUGGAUGCGAAAAUGCGGGCAUGUGGAUGGGACGUACUCAACGUUGAAGAUGGAUGCUACGAUGUCGAAGGUAUCGUCAACGCGCUGCUCACGGCCAAGGCCUCGGCGAAGAAGCCUACUUUCAUCAACGUUCGCACAGUAAUUGGCAUUGGGAGCAAGGUCGCGGGUGACGCCAAAGCCCACGGCGCGGCGUACGGAGCAGAAGACGUCAGGAGCAUCAAGCAGGCCUUUGGCAUGAACCCGGACGAGCACUUUGUCCUUCACGACGAAGUGUAUGGCUUCUUCCGCGAGAUGAUACCAAGGGGCGAGGAACUGGAACGGGAUUGGGAAAAAAUGGUUACAGAAUACGCCAAGGAAUAUCCGGAUCUUCACGCCGAGUUCAUGGCGAGAGUGGAGGGGCGCUUCACGCAAGACUGGACAACGCUCAUCCCGCGCAAGGAGGACUUCCCUACAUCGCCGACACCAACACGAAAGUCGUCUGGCCUCGUGUGCAAUCCCCUUGCGGAGAGCCUGCCCAGCUUCAUGGUCGGAACAGCGGAUCUGUCGCCCUCUGUCAAUAUGAUUUGGAAAGGCAAGGUCGACUUUCAGCAUCCCGGCCUGCAAACAUCUUGCGGCAUCAAUGGCGACUAUGCUGGCAGAUAUAUACACUGGGGAGUUCGCGAACAUGCCAUGGCGUCCAUCUCCAACGGCUUAGCUGCCUUUAACAAAGGCACCUUUCUGCCCGUUACAUCCAGCUUCUUCAUGUUCUACAUCUACGCCGCCCCAGGCGUUCGCAUGGGCGCCCUCCAACGCCUCCAAGCCAUCCACAUAGCGACGCACGACUCCAUCGGCACCGGCGAAGACGGGCCGACACACCAACCCAUUGAGCUCGCCGUGCUCUAUCGCGCCAUGCCCAACGUACUUUACAUCCGCCCCUGUGACUCGGAAGAGGUCGCCGGCGCGUAUACAGCCGCCCUCGGCGCUCGGGACACGCCGUCCAUCAUCUCCCUCUCCCGCCAGGCCGUGGAACAGUACCCGCAGCACUCGAGCCGCGACGGCGUGCAGCGCGGCGCCUACAUCUUCAUCGAAGAGGACGAGACCAACGGCGGCGCAGACGUGACUCUCAUCGGCGUCGGCGCGGAAAUGUGCUUCGCCGUCAAGACGCGGGAGGUGCUCCGCCAAAGAUUCGGCAUCAGGGCACGCGUCGUAUCGUUCCCGUGCCAGCGCCUCUUCGACGCCCAGCCCGUCGAGUACAAGCGCCAGACGCUGCAGUACAGGAGCAACGCACCGCGGGUCGUCAUCGAGGCGUACGCCGUCAACGGGUGGGAGCGCUAUGCCGACGCGGGGUUCACGAUGUCGACGUUUGGAAAGAGUCUGCCUGGCAAGGAUGCGUACAAGUGCUUUGGCUUCGACGAGGACGUUAUUGCGCCCGAAGUGGCGAAACUGGUAGAGCUCGUGAGGAGAGACGGGGUGGAAAGCUUGCGAGGAGAGUUUCGCGACCUGAACCCUGUGCGACACCCCCAUUGA